AUGACCGAGAAGACAGCAGAGAAAGACCAAGGAGAAGACGACCACAGCAAGAAGACAACAGACAAAGGUCAAGAAGAAGCCGAUUACACAGGGAAGACAGUAGAGAAAGAACGAGAAAAAGGCAACAAGCCUGUGGUCAUGGGAGCAACCCCCUUCCACCACUCGAUCUUGGAAGUCCGGCUACCGAAGCACUUCGACAAGCCAACAGACAUGAAGUACGAUGGGACCCAAGACCCCCAGGAGCACCUAACGGCCUUUGAGGCUAGAAUGAACCUGGAAGGGGUGGGCGAUGAAGUGAGGUGUCGCGCUUUCCCUGUAACCUUAGCUGGGCCGAUGAUUCGUUGGUUCAAUGCCCUCUCUCAGGGCUCCAUAACCGCCUUUGCCGACAUCAGUCGCGUUUUCUUGGCUCAGUUCACCACGCACAUCACUAAAGCGAAACACCCGAUCAAUCUACUAGGAAUAACACAAAAAACCGGUGAGCCAAAUCAGAAGUACCUGGACAGAUUCAACGACGAGUGUUUAGAAAUUGACGGCCUAACUGAUUCGGUGGCCAGCUUGUGUUUGACCAACGGGUUAUUGAACGCGAAUUUCAGGAAAUAUCUUACCACCAAGCUCGUUUGGACAAUGCAGGAGAUUCAGAACGUAGCCAGAGAGUACAUCAAUAAUGAAGAAGUAAGCUAA